CCAUUCUCCCUCUUCCAAGAGCCGGUUUUACUGACGGAGGCAUUAGCUCGACGCGCCGUCUUCUCCGCGUUACUGUUUACAAAACAUUACGGACACCAGCUGUGCUUUGCGUUGUUUUUGUUUUCUCUCCCACGAGAACUCCGUUAUCCACACGGCGGGACGAGCUUUUUUUGGGGGGGCUACAUUCCCCGGAGUGGCUUUUGCUUUUAUCCGGAUGAAAGGAUCCUCGCCGCGGUACUGAUCCGUGCAACGUGGAGCUUAAGCUGAAGGCGGGAGACGGGAGCGUCCUACAACCGGAAUAACGCACGAGGCGAAGAAGAAGAAGAAGAGCGCGCGCGUGUGCUGGAUCUCCUGUGAGAAAUGCUGCUGUCCAAACUCAAUUCUCUGGCCCACAUCUCUGCCGUAGACAUGCCGGCGAAAAUCCAGCACCAAGUCCACCAAGGGAAGGAGAGGGAGCCGUUCGAGAAGAGCUACCAGGUCGGCGCGGUGCUGGGAAGCGGCGGCUUCGGCACCGUGUACUCCGGCACGCGGACCGCGGACGGAGCUCCGGUUGCUGUCAAACACGUCGCCAAGGACAGAGUCUCCGACUGGGGAGAGCUGCCUAACGGAUACCGGGUCCCGAUGGAGAUCGUGCUGCUGAAGAAGGUCUGCACGGGCUUCCGCGGCGUCAUCAAGAUGCUGGACUGGUACGAGCGGCCGGACAGCUUCAUCAUCGUCAUGGAGCGGCCCGAGAACGUCAAGGACCUGUUCGACUUCAUCACGGAGAAGGGCGCGCUGCCGGAGGAGCUGGCGCACAGCUUCUUCCGCCAGGUGCUGGAGGCCGUGCGCCACUGCCACGGCUGCGGGGUGGUGCACCGCGACAUCAAGGACGAGAACAUCCUGAUCGACCUGCGCAGCGGCGAGGUGAAGCUCAUCGACUUCGGCUCCGGGGCCCUGCUGAAGGACACCAUCUACACGGACUUCGACGGCACGAGAGUGUACAGCCCACCAGAGUGGAUCAAAUACCACCGCUACCACGGCCGCUCCGCCACCGUCUGGUCCCUGGGCGUCCUGCUGUACGACAUGGUGUGUGGGGACAUUCCGUUCGAACACGACGAGGAGAUCACCCGAGGGCAGGUCCUCUUCCGGAGGAGAGUCUCCACAGAAUGUCAGCAGCUGAUCAAGUGGUGCCUCUCCCUGCGGCCGGCGGACCGCCCGUCUUUCGAGGACAUCGUCAACCACUCGUGGAUGCAGAGCGCGGCCGCCCCCUCGGUACCGUCCCUGCUGCAGACGGAGAAGACGGCGGCGGAGAUCAGGCUGCACACCAUCGGCCACGAGACGGCGGCAUUCGCGUCCGCCCAGGUGGCCGCGGCCCGGUGAGGGUUCGCCUCUGAAAACGGGACCGCGCCGUGACGCUAGAAGAGACCAUUACAGAGAAAGACUUGUGUAACGGACCCAAAGCAGAGAGGGCAAGACGGAGGGCGGCUGAAGGAAACCGAGGUCGUGAGACCGCCGCCCCGGACCCUCUCUCACCGCCCCGGCCUGUAGGAGGGAGCGCUCCGCAACGCUUUUGGGAGGCUUGCGUCGAGCAAAAAACGCAGUGCUGGCGCUCGCCGCUGUGCCCAGACGGCAAGCGGGCGGCGCGCACGCGUACACCUUUCAAGUGCCUUCUGCGAGGUUGUCGCGGGGACCCUGAAAAUACUUGAAUUUGUGAGAGUAGAACGGCAGUUUUUGUUCUGUUUUUUUUUUGCCAAGAGAAAGUUGAAGCUCCUCACUGUACUAGGCUUUAUAUUUUUUUUAUUUUCCCUACUUUCUUCCUCUCAUGGGGCCUAGAUCAGUAAAGCCUAUGUCAUCCACAAGCACCGCUAUCACUACUUCACUAGCAACCAGGAAACCUCACAGCUCCGGGAGCCACUCGUGCAAACAAGACGGGGGGUGGGGGGGGGGGGGAAACAAAAAGAAAACACUGGACUCGCCCCCUUUUACUACAGCGUGCCCGACCCUCCCGUGCACGCACACGAGCGCGCGUGAGGUCACACCGGCGCUGAAUGCACACCACAAUGCAAACCUCUGCUCAUCGCUGUUUGUGUUCGAUGUUCAGCCAGUGCCUCACACAGGUCUUAAAAGUCCGUUGGGCACGAGAAUUGUAAAUAAAGAUAUUUAUUAUCGCAGCUGCUUUUUUUCACACACAUCGACGACGCAGAAUAUAUUUAUUUAUUUAAAGAGAAUUUUUGGGGGGGGCGGCUGCUGGCGCGCGUCUCAUUCCAGUCACCGAAGGGCCCAAACAAUUAUUUAAACGCCCCCCCCACCGGCCAAAUUUAUUUAUGGCUUGAGGAUUUUAUUUCCUAUUGAAGAGCAGAUGCGUGUGUUUGUUUGUGUGUGUCAUGUAAAUAACGUGUAAAUAGUCCCCAAAAGUACUUCCAUCACAAUGUGUCGAUGCGACGAGUCUACUGACAGUAACUGUUACUGUUGUCUGCUUUGGGAGCGGGUUUGUUCAGAGUGUGUGUGUGUGUGUGUGAAUGAGAAAAACUCUGGUUACAUGGCUGCUGCCUGGCUUUCUUUUUUUUUUUUUUUUUUCAGUCAAAUUAGAAUUGCCAGUUGUGUUAGAAACUAUUUUUAUACAAUUUCAAUAAAUAUUUUUUUAAACAAUGA